AUGGACAGCCGAAAGUCUACAUAUCGUCACCAAGCUACCAUUGAUGAUGAAGUGGUUUCCAUGGAGAUACUAGAUACAGCUGGUCAGGAGGACGCUAUUCAGAAAGAAGGACACGUGCGAUGGGGUGAGGGCUUUGUGUUGGUUUAUGACAUCACAGACAGAGGCAGCUUCGAGGACGUGCUGCCACUUAAGAACUUGUUGGAUGAAGUUAAAAAACCCAAAAAUGUCACCCUGAUCCUCGUGGGGAACAAAGCAGACUUGGAUCACUCCAGACAGGUCAGCACAGAGGAAGGUGAAAAGCUGGCCACAGAACUAGCAUGUGCUUUCUACGAGUGCUCUGCUUGCACAGGAGAGGGCAACAUUAUGGAGGCCUUCUAUGAGCUCUGUCGUGAGGUACGGCGUCGGAAGAUGGUCCAGGGCAAGACUCGGAGACGAAGCUCUACCACCCACGUCAAGCAGGCAAUUAAUAAGAUGCUUACCAAAAUCAGCAGCUAAAAAGAGCUGUACUAAGCAACAGAAGCAGAGCACAUUUAAUUAAAAAUGGUCUAAGCUUUGCAAUUGAAAAAAAAUAGCAAAGACAAAACCACAUCACUUUUUUGAGUAACACGGGGCCAGACUUUUUUCCUGUUUGAAAAUGUAUUUGGCCACACUGCUUCUAGCUAACAUGG